AUGGCAAAUGAGGGUGAAAAUCAUGGAGCAGCCCAACCUAUGAAUGUCUUAGGUGUUCUUAAUCCUUCCAGAGUGAAUGGAUCAUUGUGGUUCAAACGUGAUUCCGUAAUCACUAGUGAGAUAAGAACAAUCAUCCGAUCUGAUUUUCCUGGCCCGUAUAGAAACUGGUCAACUACCCCGAAACAUGUAAAAGAGCGAUGGUGGUUCACAUUCAAGAAAGAAAAGAACGGAGAUGCAUCUUACAUUGAUGUUCUUCGUGAGACACAAAAGAAAUCAGAUGGGUCAUUUGUGGAUGAAAGGGCAAGGCUAAUUAGUGAAGGAUUUGAAAAAAAUGUAGCUGAUCAUAUGCUUGAAGAUGAUAUCCUAGUCACAGAAGAGCUAACUUCUGAGAAGAAGAAUCAAAUGUAUUUGAAGUUGGUUGAUUCAACACAAGGUCGUGUGUUUGGUCUUGGAGCUCUUCUUAGUGAGGUUUCCCUCAAUGCUAAAAUGCCAGUCACCAUUGAAACCCACUUAGAAAGUGAUGAGUUCAAGAAAAAGGUGGAAGACAUUUCUCAAGAAAAUGAAGAUAUCAAAGAAAGGCUGAGCAAACUUGAAGGCUUGGAGAAAAUGAUUGCCAUCCUUUGUCCAGCUAUUCUAUCCAGGGGUGUCAACAACAACCAAGUUUAA